AUGGCGACGGCGGCUGCAACCUCGGCUUCGGAACCGGAGGCUGAGCCCAAGGCCGGGCCCAAGGCCGAGGGAGAGGAGGAGGAGGUGAAGGCGGCUAGGACGAGGAGGAAGGUGUUAUCGCGGGCUGUGGCCGCUGCGACGUGCAAGACCAUGGGGCCAGGGUGGGACCAGCAGGAGGAGGGCAUGAGCGAGAGCGAUGGAGACGAGGAGUACGCCAUGGCUUCGUCGGCGGAGAGCUCCCCCGGGGAGUACGAGUGGGAGUACGACGAGGAGGAGGAGAAGAACCAGCUGGAGAUCGAGCGGCUGGAGGAACAGCUGUCUAUCAACGUCUAUGACUACAACUGCCACGUGGACCUGAUCCGGCUGCUCCGGCUGGAAGGGGAGCUUACCAAAGUGAGGAUGGCCCGCCAGAAGAUGAGCGAGAUCUUCCCUCUGACUGAAGAGCUCUGGCUGGAGUGGCUGCAUGACGAGAUCAGCAUGGCCCUGGACGGCCUGGACAGAGAGCACGUGUAUGACCUCUUUGAGAAAGCUGUGAAGGAUUACAUUUGUCCUAACAUCUGGCUAGAGUAUGGCCAGUACUCAGUCGGUGGGAUUGGUCAGAAAGGCGGCCUUGAGAAAGUCCGCUCUGUGUUUGAGAGGGCUCUCUCCUCCGUCGGGUUACACAUGACCAAAGGACUCGCCAUCUGGGAGGCCUACCGGGAGUUUGAAAGUGCGAUUGUGGAAGCCGCCCGGCCCAUAGCUGGCUUCCUUUCCCCUUUUGACCGGGAACAAACCUUUGAUUCACAGCUUGAGAAAGUCCACAGUCUCUUCCGGCGACAGUUGGCGAUCCCGCUCUAUGAUAUGGAGGCAACAUUUGCAGAGUAUGAAGAAUGGUCAGAAGACCCAAUACCAGAGUCGGUAAUCCAGAGCUAUAACAAAGCGCUCCAGCAGCUGGAGAAAUACAAACCCUAUGAAGAGGCGCUGUUGCAAGCAGAGGCCCCCAGGCUGGCCGAAUAUCAAGCGUACAUCGAUUUUGAGGUGAAAAUCGGCGAUCCUGCUCGCAUUCAGUUGAUCUUUGAGCGUGCCCUGGUGGAGAACUGCCUCGUUCCAGACUUAUGGAUCCGCUACAGUCAGUACCUAGAUCGGCACCUGAAAGUGAAGGAUUUGGUGUUAUCUGUGCAUAACCGUGCUGUUCGAAACUGCCCCUGGACAGUUGCCCUGUGGACUCGGUACCUCUUGGCCAUGGAAAGACACGGAGUUGAUCACCGAGUGAUUUCUGUGACCUUCGAGAAAGCUUUGAGUGCUGGCUUCAUUCAGGCCACUGAUUAUGUGGAGAUUUGGCAGGCCUACCUUGAUUACCUGAGGAGAAGGGUUGAUUUCAAACAAGACUCCAGUAAAGAGCUGGAAGAGUUGAGGGCUGCGUUCACGCGCGCGUUGGAGUACCUGAAACAGGAGGUGGAAGAGCGUUUCAAUGAGAGCGGCGAUCCAAGCUGCAUGAUCAUGCAGAACUGGGCUCGGAUGGAGGCUCGACUGUGCAAUAAUAUGCAGAAAGCUCGGGAACUCUGGGAUAGCAUCAUGACCAAAGGAAAUGCCAAGUAUGCCAACAUGUGGCUGGAGUAUUACAACCUGGAAAGGGCGCACGGCGACACCCAGCACUGCAGGAAGGCCCUGCACCGGGCCGUCCAGUGCACCAGCGACUACCCAGAGCACGUCUGUGAGGUACUGCUCACCAUGGAGAGGACAGAAGGUACUUUAGAAGAUUGGGAUGUAGCUGUUCAGAAAACGGAAACUCGAUUAGCUCGUGUUAAUGAGCAGAGAAUUAAGGCUGCGGAGAAGGAAGCAGCCCUCACCCAGCAAGAGGAAGAAAAGGCCGAACAACGCAAGAGGGCCCGGGCCCAGAAGAAAGCUCUGAAGAAGAAGAAAAAGACCAGGGGUGGAGACAAGCGCAAAGCAGAUGAGGGCGAAGAGAAGGAGUGGGGCGAUGACGAGGAAGAGCAGCCUUCCAAACGCAGGAGGCUUGGGAACAGCGUUCCUCCAGCUGGAGACGCACAAGGCCUGGAAGCGCAAAUGGGACUCUUUGGGAAAAGUGCACCCGGAGAUGUCGACUCCCCCUCAAAGCAGAAGGAGAGGGCGGCCGCCCUGAAGAGGGACAUGCCCAAGGUGCUCCAUGACAGCAGCAAGGACAGCAUCACCGUCUUCGUCAGCAACCUGCCCUACAGCAUGGGGGAGCCGGCCGCGCAGCUCCGGCCGCUCUUCGAGGCCUGUGGGGAGGUGGUCGACGUCCGCCCCAUCUUCAGCAGCCGGGGCGACUUCCGGGGCUACUGCUACGUGGAGUUUAAAGAGGAGCGGUCGGCCCAGCAGGCCCUGGAGCUGGACCGGAAGGACGUGGAGGGGAGGCCCAUGUUUGUCUCCCCCUGUGUGGAUAAGAGCAAGAAUCCCGAUUUCAAGGUGUUCAGGUACAGCACUGCCCUGGAGAAACACAAGCUGUUUGUCUCGGGUCUCCCUUUUUCCUGCACUAAAGAGGAACUAGAAGAGAUCUGUAAGGCUCAUGGCACUGUGAAGGACAUCAGGCUGGUGACCAACCGGGCUGGCAAACCAAAGGGCCUGGCCUACGUGGAGUACGAAAACGAGUCUCAAGCGUCUCAGGCUGUGUUGAAGAUGGACGGCAUGACUAUCAAAGAGAACGUCAUCAAAGUGGCCAUCAGCAAUCCUCCUCAGAGGAAAGUUCCGGAGAAGCCAGAGGCAAGGAGAGCACCAGGCGGCCCCAUGGUGCCGCGGCAGAUGUAUGGAGCGCGGGGGAAGGGGAGGACCCAGCUGUCUCUGCUGCCUCGCGCCCUGCAACGCACGAGCGCGCCAGCGGCUCAGGCCGAGAACGGCCCUGCCCCGCAGCCAGCAGCCACCGCGGCCACCGAGGCGCCCAAGAUGUCCAAUGCCGAUUUUGCCAAGUUGCUUCUGAGAAAGUGAACGAGACUCUCAGAGAAGGGAAAUGCCUUACUUCAUGCUGGCCAGGACGACCACCGGGGAGCCAGCUGUACCCUGGGUAUGGAAGGGCCGGGGACAGUGCCCGCGCCCGCGUAUCUGCCUCUGGCUUAGACAGAAAGGGAAAGGGGGUCCAAGGAGAGGCGUCCAGUGCUCCCUCAUAUUGAGGGCAAUCGGAGGAAAACGAUCACUCCACAGGUCGGGCACAGAGUGUAGUUUCUAAGAUAUUUUUGUGUCUUAAAGAGUGAGAAACAGAAGUGAAACUCAGACGCACCGUUUUGAGACCCACUUGUCCAAAUGUUUUUGGCCACCUCUGGCCCCUUUUUAUAGGACACUUCUCUUACACCCUGCACAGCACAGGUGCCCGUCACUCUUUUAAUUUUUAAAAGACAAAAUGGCAGAUGCUAGUAAUUCACCAGAAUGGCCUAUUUUAGUAACGGGGUGGGGAUAGGGGAAGUCACAUACAAAACAUUGGAUGGAUUUUUGUUCAAGGGGGCUGUGUGUUUUUAUAUUAUGUAUUUGUAAAUGACACGUCAACCCGUUGUUUUAUGUUUCCUAAAAGCAAAAUAUUUGUGACACUUGUUUUAUAGCAAUUCUGUGUGCCACCUGCUGUGGACCAUUUUCUUUGCCUAGUGACGAGUGAACUUGUUCUUUGUCUAAAUAUUGAGUUUCAGCCCUUUGGUUUUGUUUAAAUACCAUGUCAAGUGCAAACUUAAAUUGUCCCCAUUUAGCUUUGUUUAUUAAACUGAAGUUCUCUUCAAAAAUUCUUGCCGAAUGGUACUCAGAUGUGCAUUCAAAUAUGGAUGUAUUUUGAAAUGGGUGUACCUUGCUUUCUCUAAUAGAUGUGUAAAUAGAAUUUUUUGUAAAUCAAA